AUGGAAUUACCAAAAGAAACAAUUGAACAAUUACAAAAUUUAUUUAUUGCAGCAAAUAGACCAGAGAAAGAGAUUAGAGAGGAAGCAACAUCAAAGAUUCAAAAGUUUGUUAAAGAGACACCAAAUUCAAUAAUAACAUUAUUAGUAUUUCAAAAUUUGAAAACCAUAGAUGCAGGAGCAAGAACAUUAUCAGCAAUUACAUUCAAAAAUUUAGUUAAAGAUAGUUGGGUAGAUGGCGAUGAAGUUGAGAAUCCAAUUCCAUCAAAUGACAAAGAGAUGGUGAAAAGUUUAUUAUUAAAUUUCAUUCUAUCAGCAGUAAACAACACCACACAAUCACAAUUGGUCGAAUCAUUAUCAAUGAUUGGUGUAUCUGAUUUCCCACAACAAUGGCCUUCAAUCUUACCAGAAUUAAUCAAACAAAUGGAAUCAAACACUGACAUUCCAACACUUUCAAUCAUCUUGAGAGUUUUACAUUCACUCUUAAAAAAAUAUAGAGGUCAAGAGAGAAAUAAUCAAUCAUUAUCUGAAUUAAAAUAUAUUUUAUCAAUUUUACCAACUCCAUAUUUAUCAUUAUUAAUUAAAACAGGUGUUGCAGUUGAUGCAAAUUUACAAAAUGAACAACAAUUAGUUUUAUUAUUAAAUUGUGUCCAUUUCCUUUUAGAAAUCUUUUUCUCAAUGAGUUCAGUUGAUUUACCAGAAUUUUUCGAAGAUAAUCUCGCUUCUUUUACAAAUGAAUUCCAUAGAUACCUUAAAUUUAAUACAAAUUUUCAAUCAAUCAUUCUUUCAAGUAAUGAUGAAGAACCAUCUUUAUUGAAAAAGAUUCAAACUUCAAUUUGUGAAAUUAUUAAUCUUUAUACUCAAAUUUAUGAUGAGGAGUUUUCAUCAUUCCUUCAACCAUUCGUACAAGUUGUUUGGGGACUUUUAACUCAAACUUCAAAAGAUAUUUGUAAUGAUCCAUUUGUUUAUGCAUCAAUUAGAUUUUUAGGUACAGUAGCAACAUCAAUUUCACAUAAAAUCUUUGAAAGUCCAGAAACAUUAAAACAAAUUUGUUCAAUGAUUGUUACACCAAAUAUUGAAUUAAGAGAAUCUGAUAUUGAAUUAUAUGAAGAUAAUCAUGUUGAAUAUAUGCGUAGAGAUAUUGAAGGUAGUGAUUCUGAUACUAGAAGAAGAGCUGCAAUUGAAUUGGUUAAAGGUUUAAGAAAAUAUUAUGAAAAUCAAGUAAUUCAAUUAUUAUCUGUUGAUAUUAAUAAUUUAUUACAAAAAUAUAAUUCAAAUAGAGAAGAAAAUUGGAUUUGUAAAGAUUCAGCAAUAUUUUUAGUUACAGCAUUAGCAGUAAAGAGUGGUGGAUCAGAUGAAUCAAGUGAGUCUAGUAAAUUAGUAAAUGUUUUAGAUUUCUUUAAGAGUUCAAUUGAACCAGAGUUAUCAGGUGCAACACAAACAAAUAAACCAAUUUUGAAAGCAGAUUGUUUGAAAUUCAUUACAAUCUUUAGAAAUCAAAUUCCAGCAGAAGAGUAUCCAAGAAUUUUACAAAGUGUAAUUCCAUGUUUAGAGAAUCCAGAUUUCAUUAUUCACACUUAUGCAUCAACUUGUAUCGACCGUUUAUUAUCGGUUAAAGAUGGGGGUGUACCACGUUUGUCAGCAGAGUUUAUCUCGACUAAUUUAACAGGUUUGUUGCUACCAUUGGUCGGUGUUUUCAAUUUCAAAGAUUCCAAACAAAAUGAAAGAGCAAUGAGAACUAUUGUUCGUAUCGUUUUGAUGACUCAAGGUAAGGUUAGUCAACAAAUUACAAUUCAAUUAUUGCAAAAGUUUGUAUCGAUCAUCAUUGAAGAGGCAAAGAAUCCAUCCAAUCAUAGUUUCAAUCAUUAUUGUUUCGAAGUUGUUGGUACUCUCUUGAAAGGUUUCUCUUCAGAACCAGAGGUAACUCAAAUCAUUAUGCCAUUGAUUGAAAUGGUAUUGCAAACUAAUAAUGCCGAAUUCUCACCAUACUGUUUCCAAUUGUUAUCAAUUCUCGUUGAAAAUUGUAGACCAGAGUAUUUAGAUCUCUUUAGACCAAUUCUACCAAUCAUUUUCAAUGAUAUGACUUGGGCUCGUGAUGCCGAUUAUCCAGCAUUGGUACGUUUGCUUCAAGCUUUCAUUAAAAAGGAAGGUUCAUCGAUCGCUCCACAUCUUAGUGCCAUCUUGGGUAUCACUGAGAAACUCAUUAUGAGAGUCACUCAUGAUCACGAAGCUUUCCUCAUUUUAGAGACUGUUGUUGAAACUUUGGAUAUUCAAUUCUUGGAGAAAUACUUGGGUGGUAUCUUCUCUAUGAUUCUCACUAGAAUCACCAAAAAGAAGACCCUCAAAGUCGUACGUUGUUUCACUAUCUUCUUUUCAAUCUUUAUGAUCAAAUAUGGUGUUGUCAAGACUGCCCAAACCGUUAGAGCCAUCAAAGAUUCACUUUGGGAAGACAUUUUAAUUAAACUUUGGUUACCAACAGUCGAAGAUAUCAAUGGCUCAAUUGAAAAGAAAAUCAUUUCAAUCUCUUUAACCAAUAUGAUCUGUUGUAAUGAUAUUUUAGCCACACCAGAACUUUGGAUUAAACUAAUUCAAUGUCAAUCAAAUGUUAUUAGUGGUAAGAAAUCUCAAGAGACUGAACAAGCCGGUGCUGCUUCUGAUCUCUACAUUGAUCAAGCUGAAGCUAAUGAAGGUUAUGUUCCAACUUUUACUCAACUUCAAUUCUCAAAGAAAGUUGACGUUGAUCCUUUCCCAACAAUUUCAAAUCCAAAAGAAUAUUUUAUCUCUACUUUCCAAACAUUUAAAUCUCAAAAUGAAAUGUUAGUUACUCCAUUACUUUCAACUGCAAAUAUUCAACUUUAA